AUGCUGUGGGUGGCACUGCCAAUUGCAACCCUCACCCUUCUCUCACGCAUCUCAUCCUUCCCCCCCGCCCCUCAUCCUUCCCCCCGCCCCUCAUCAUUCCCCCCCGCCUCUCAUCCUUCCCCUCCCCCCUCAUCCUUCCCCCCCGCGCCCUCAUCCUUCCCCCCUGCCCCUCAUCCUUCCCCCCGCUCCUCAUCCUUCCCCCCGCCCCUCAUCCUUCCCCCGCCCCUCAUCCUUCCCCCGCCCCUCAUCCUUCCCCCGCCCCUCAUCUUUCCUCCCCCCGUUCCUCAUCCUUCCCCCCACCCCUCAUCCUUCCCCCCCGCCCCUCAUCAUUCCCCCGCCCCUCAUCCUUCCCCCCGCCCCUCAUCCUUCCCCCUCGCCCCUCAUCCUUCCCCUCCGCGCCCUCAUCCUUCCCCCCGUCCCUCAUCCUUCCCCCCCGCCCCUCAUCCUUCCGCUCGCCCCUCAUCCUUCCCCCCCGCCCCUCAUCAUUCGCCCGCCCCUCAUCCUUCCCCCCCCGCCCCUCAUCCUUCCCCCCGCCCCUCAUCCUUCCCCCCCGCCUCUCAUCCUUCCCCCCCCGCCCCUCAUCCUUUCCCCCCGUGCCCUCAUCCUUCCCCCCGCCCCUCAUCCUUUCCCCCCGUCCCUCAUCCUUCCCCCUCGCCCCUCAUCCUUCCCCCCCGCCCCUCUUCCUUCCCCCUCGCCCCUCAUCCUUCCCCCCCGCGCCCUCAUCCUUCCCCCGCGCCCCGCAUGCCGCACCUCCAGCAGCGGUUGCCCGUUAGCUCGCCGGAUAAUCCGCGCCCGUAUAAUUUCCCUUCCUUCCCUCCUCAAACGGCCCUCACCUUAUUCCUCACUGCGUCAGCAAUCGCUCCCUCCAUUGACGAGCUCGCGGGUUUAUUUGCAGGAAGUGCUGAUAUCUUCAAGAUGGACAUCCACCAGAACCCCCAGACGGCCGAAAUCGAGAGGGUUCGAGAUGUUCCUGUUGUGAAGAUUUACAAGGGUGGGAGUGCGGUUCAGACGAUCGAGGGUGUAAUGACCGAGUCGACCUUGAUGGAAGCCCUCAAGGCGUUCGUCUGA